AUGCAUAGUAAGUACGAGUACGAUAGUAGUGGGGUCUCUUCUUCCCUUCUAGCAGUUGGUUUAUUAGUUCCUAUAGUCCUUGGGACUUAUUCCCGGGCUUUUAGCAAGAAAGAGAUAAAAUCUCUUAUCUGUGGUUGUAGUGAGUGUCAGAGAGGAGUUAAACGUAGUCGGGGACUCAAUUGGUGGCAGAUUAUCUUUUGGAGUGCUUGUUGUUUGUUAGUUUUACCUUUGCGAAAUAUCAUAGUUAGGGAGUAUGGUCGUAGUGGGACUUUUGAUCCGUAUAAGGUCCUGGGAGUAGCUAAGGCAGUGGGAGCAGCUGGUAUUGAGAAGGCUUAUCGCGAGAAACUGCGGGAGACGAAGUUUAAAGUCAGAGAUAGACGUAAGAGUAAAGAAGUCUUACAGGAAGUCAUUCGGGCCCACCAGACCCUAAGUGAUGCUAAGUUGCGGGAGAAUUGGGAUAACUUUGGGGAAGGUGAGAAGAAGGAAAGUCAUGUAGUGGCUAUUCCGGCUUGGGCAAUGAAGAAGAGUUCAGCUGGGUUUAUGUUGGCUGUUUAUUUGGUCUUACUAGGCGUAAUUCUGCCCCGAGUAGUUUCGGCUAUUUGGAAGAUAUCCUUUAACUAUGCGGCGGUGGGUUUAGAGUAUCGGAGUACUGAAAGACUUUACCAGCGCAUGAAAGGAGUCAAGAAGUGUUUUACCUUGAAUACAUUAGUGGAAUGGCUGGCUGAAGACUGUUUUGAACUGAGUGAGUAUAAGUGGCGGACGCCUAGUAGUAAUCUUAAGCACUUAGUAAGUAUUCUAGUGAGUGAAUGUACUAUUCCUUUAAGUAGUAAUGAGGAGAGGAUGGGAGUAGUUAUUGGAUUUAGUAUGUUAUGUUUACGUAAUGAACAAGUCUUAGCUAGUUUACAUCAGGAUGAUAUUGGGUAUGCUCAGGAUAUCUUGUUAAAAGGGGCUAAAGCUAUUCGGAUGAUUAGUUUAGUAUUGAAACAGAAGGAGAUUUACUAUUUAGGGUACGAUUUAGAAAGAGCUGUAGUUCAAUCUGUACCUGAUGUGAAGUAUUGGGAGAUGCAGUAUCCUGAUAUUUCAUUUACUGAUACGUUUAUCAAUUGUUUUGAAGGUAAAAAAGAAGAGUUAGUUAAAUCAGCUGCUGAUCAAAGAGUAGAUCAAAGUAUGUUUAAGGCUAAAAUUACAGCUAUUGAUUUGUAUACGACUGUUGAAGGUCCCAUUACUAAGGAAGAGUACAUUACUGGUAGUCUUAAUCCUAAUCUUCGGGUGGUUAUUACGAAAGAAGGUAGUCAGACGGGGUAUAAGGCGCCUGUGCAUAAGAGAUUGCGCCGGGAAGAGAUAGAUUUUGGUGAUCUUUCUUUACUGGAAACAGAUCUCUGUCCUGAACUUAAUCCGGUUGAGUUGGAGAAGGCUCCUGUUCUAUUACGACAUACAACUUGUUUACCAGUUCAUGCUCCCUUAUGUCGAGUACCUCAGACUUACGACUGGGCAGUUGUAGUUGAAGUAAAUGGUGUACCUCUAGCUAACUCACCACCAUUUACUCCUGGUCCUUGUGAUACAGAAGUCCUUUUUAAACUACCUGCCUUACAAACUCUAUCUACUCAGAAGAGAGUUAUCAUUGACAUUCGGUUGAUUUCCUGUAAGUUCUUUGGCCGGGAUGUUCUAGCCCGUAAAUCACUGACUCUUAAGUAG